ACCCUACACCAAAUCUUGGCAUGUUAUGCCACAGGGCUCCCACCACGCUUAAACCUUAGCCCAGAAAGUUUGCGUUUUUUUUCUCUCGUUAAUUUAAUUUUUCCCAUCGUUCAGAGAAAUGGAGCUCUGGGUUUCAUGCAGCCAUGGAUCUCCACCGUCGAUCUCUAGAAUCUUCAUCAAAGACGCCAUUUUUAUGGUCUUCUUCCUUUCCCUUUUCUGCUUUAGCCCUACAGAUGCUUAUGAUCCACUAGAUCCAAAUGGAAAUAUCACAAUCAAAUGGGAUAUUAUAAGCUGGACUGCAGAUGGAUAUCUUGCUAUGGUAGUGAUAAACAACUACCAGAAGUAUCGUCAUAUCCAAGCACCUGGAUGGAAAUUGGGAUGGGUAUGGGCAAAGAAAGAAAUAAUAUGGGACAUGGUUGGUGGUCAAGCCACAGAACAAGGGGACUGCUCAAAAUUCAAAAUGAACAUUCCUCAUUGCUGUAAGAGGGACCCGACGGUCGUGGAUUUGAUGCCCGGUACUCCUUACAACAAGCAGGUUGCAAAUUGCUGCCGAGGCGGGGUACUCAACUCGUGGGUCCAGGAUCAAGAAACUUCUUUGAGUGCAUUUCAAAUAAGUGUUGGUCAAGCUGGGACAAGCAACAAAACAGUUUUAAUGCCCAAAAACUUUACCCUUAAGACCCCCGGUCCCGGGUACACUUGUGGGCCCGCUAAAAGCGCGUUGCCGACCAAGUUUUUGUCUCCAGACAAAAGGAGAUCCACUCAAGCUAUGAUGACAUGGAAAGUCACCUGCACAUAUUCUCAAUUCCUGGCCCAAAAGACGCCAACUUGCUGCGUCUCCAUGUCUUCCUUCUACAACAGUACGAUAAUCCACUGCCCAACUUGUACCUGUGGAUGUCAAAACAACAUAAACCAACCUGGGACUUGCAUAAGACCGGGCUCUUCAUACGUGCCAACAGCACUUUCAACCUCAAGUUCAGGAAGGACUGAUUUAUCACCUUUGGUUCAGUGCACUGAUCACAUGUGUCCAAUCCGUAUCCACUGGCAUAUUAAGAUCAACUAUAAAGCUUACUGGAGGGUGAAGGUGACCGUUACAAAUUUCAAUUACAGAAUGAACUAUUCGCAGUGGAAUCUCGUAGUCCAGCACCCCAACUUUGACAAUCUCACCCAGAUUUUCAGCUUCAACUACCAGCCAAUAACGCCAUACGAAUCCAUAAAUGACACUGCAAUGCUCUGGGGAAUCAAGUUUUACAACGACCUAUUGAUGCAAGCGGGGCCUUUGGGUAAUGUGCAAUCUGAGAUGAUCUUCCAAAAGGAUAAAUCCAAGUUCACGUUCGACAAAGGGUGGGCGUUCCCAAGGAGGGUUUACUUCAAUGGAGAUAACUGUGUAAUGCCGCCACCAGAUUCAUAUCCGUACCUUCCAAAUGCCGGUACCCGGAUUGUUCUUUAUCUUCUUCAAACUCUGGCAUCAAUCUUUGCAUCUCUGGUUCUACUACUCACAUGUGGUUAAAAAUAUUUGUCUGAUGGAAUUAACAAGUGCAAUUCUUUUGUUAUCUAAGCUUAAGUUAAUGGUGGG